UGCUGGCAGGUGGUGCUUUAACAGAGUUCCAGGUGUGUGGGACGAGAAACAGGAAGUUCAUCUUUCGAAAUCGAAAGAGGGAUCAAACAUGUCCAAUGAUGUCAGAUAUUGUGAGAAGUUCUCCUACGUCUUCCUAAAGUUCGCCCUCAUUGUAUAUUCCACUAUCUUCUGGCUGGUUGGGGGGUUCGUCCUAGCCAUCGGUAUCUAUGCGGAGGUGGAGCGACAGCGAUACAAAACCCUGCAGGGGGUGUUCCUGGCCCCCGCCAUCAUCCUCAUCGUCCUGGGGGUGGUGAUGUUCAUUGUUUCCUUCAUCGGUGUGUUAGCCUCCCUCAGGGACAACCUGCUGCUCCUCAAAGUGUUUCUCUACACCUUGACAGUCUGUCUUAUUCUGGAGCUCCUCGGUGGCAUCCUGGCUCUGGUUUUCAGGCAUCAGACAGUGGAUCUCUUAAACAAAAACAUUCGCAAAGGAAUGGUGAAUUACUACGAUGAUCUGGAUUUCAAAAACAUCAUGGACUUUGUUCAGAGAAAGUUCAAAUGUUGUGGAGGGCAGGAGUACAAAGACUGGGAAGUGAACAUGUACCAUAACUGUACAGCUCCUGGACCGCUGGCUUGUGGAGUGCCUUACACCUGCUGCCUCGAAAACAAGCCCAAUGAAGUUGCCAACACACUAUGUGGAUAUAAGGUCCUUGAAAAUGAGAGGCUGGCCUUGCAGAACGUCAUCUACAUCAGAGGUUGUACUGAUGCUGUCUUCAUCUGGCUCAUGGAUAACUAUAAGAUAAUGGCAGGCUUGCUGCUUGGCAUCUUAUUCCCCCAGUUCUUGGGCGUGAUCAUUAGCUGGCUCUACAUCACACGAGUGGAGGAUGCCAUUGCUGAGUAUGGUAACUACCAGGAUGGACUGCUGGACGCAGGGGACAGUGAUGGCUUCAGGGAACCCAAGAAGCAGAGCAGAAUGGCCAAAUGUUGCAGGUGCAUGCCAGAGAUCGACUGAGUGUGCCUCAUGUUAUCUAACUAGCCUAAAACACUGCUGUGCCUGCCUCAGCCUUCCAACACACUGGAGCUAUCAGCGCGAGUUUUACAACCACUGUUCAGAGACCUUUUUAGUGUGUGUUUUUGGUUCUAUUCAGGGAUUAUUUUUUUUCAGGGGCUCAUUUAUUAAGGUGUUAUUAGGAUGGAAGGGUAUACAUACCGGUAUGUGCGGGUGCUGUGUGAAAAAUAAAUGGCUUUUUAUUAUUAUUAUUAUUUUUCCUCAUUGGUGAAGUAUCAAUUUUAUAUAUAGAUUUACAGCAAAAACAUUUAACAUUUUCUGUAAUACUAAAUACAAAUAUGUAGCUCACUAGCCAGCCCCUCAUAGGAAUACUAAUAUUUCAAUCAUUAUUACCUCAGACUCCUGUAUUGAUGCCAAUUAAUUAAAUGGGACAUUUUUAGCUGUUCAAAGAGAUAUUUUCUAUGGUGAAUUUUAUGGAGGGUACCUACCUUGAUUUUUCAUAAUCAUUGGAGAUGUCAUGGGUUCAACACAUUUAAAGGAGUAGUUCAGGAUUUUGGUAAUGAGGCCUUCCAUCUACUUCCCCAGAGUCCGAUUAACUGGUGGAUACCAUUUGUAUGUACCUGCAUGCAGUUUUAAGGAAGUUAUUAAAUAGCAUUAGCACAAUUGUUAUCUAGCAUUAGCGCAAUGACUGGAUGCUAGCUGUUCGCAUAAACUUCCAGUCAUUGCGCUAACGCUAGUUAGCCUUGGCUCGCGAAACUACCUAGACUUCCAUGAGUUCAUCUGACUCUGGGGAAGUAAAUAAAGGGCCUCUGCUAAAAUAACGAACUAUCCCUUUAAUGGUUUAGGUGAGUAAAAAUCAAAUGAACUUACAGUAAGUUUAUGAUCAGUCAGACAAUGUGGCUUCAUUUGAGUUAAGAAUACCAACGUCGUUAAUGAUGUACAGCAUACACAUGGUCUAUUGCCCACAUUUUAUUAGGAUUUUGUACUGUUAAAUGGUUUAUGGCUUUGCUCAGUCAGUGACAUUUACCUGUUGUGGGAUCUGCUAGUGAGCCUCUUAAGCUCUUUGCAGAGCAGCAUCAUGUACUUGGUAUUCCUGCCAAUGAUUGUAUACAGUAUCAGUCAAAAGUUUGGACACCUACUCAUUCCAGGGUUUUUCUUUAUUUUUUUACUAUUUUCUACAUCGUAGAAUAAUAGUGAAGACAUCAACUAUGAAAUAACACAUGGAAUCAUGUAGUAACCAAAAAAGUGUUAAACAAAUCAAAAUAAUUUUUGGGGUUACUACAUGAUUCCACGUGUGUUAUUUCAUAGUUUUUUGAUGUCUUCACAAAACCCUCAAUGAGUAGGUGUGUCCAAACUUUUGACUGGUACUGUAUGUCUGUUAAAAGCAUGGUCGUAUGGGAUUGCAUGCCUAGUUUUAAAGGCUAACUGUUACCUACUUAUUCAGACCACAAGUGCAAUCCGCAGCCUGUUUCUAUGAAAAAGGACUAAAUGAGGUGGUUCUCCUGAGACAUACCGAUGAAUGACUCAAUCCAUCCACACCAAAUGGGAAGUUAAACAAAUGGUCAACUUAUUUUCAAACUAAUUUUUGACUCAAAUUACAUCAAAUGAAUGUCAGUCAAAACUAUUGAUUCUGUAUUUGUGACAAACUUUUAAGGUGCCAUCAGAUCUUUCAUUUUUUUAGAUCUUGCUUUAAAAUCUUCUUACUGUUAGUUGUGGUGGCGGUUAUAAAGUUGUCUUUUUAUAUGCUGUUUAUUUUUUUUUUGUGUGAGCUCACUGUAAUACUUUUGAACAUUAUAUAGCGAUCUGGUGAAUAAAUCAAUCAUAUUUACAGUCCUGUU